CCCAAAGUAAGAAGGAACGCCUUGGUCAGCAAGUUCUCCAGGAAAGGAUGGAAACAAGUUUAGCCAUUCGACCGGAGUCGUUGUUGGUCUCGCCUGGUUUUCCGGCUUCGGCAACAUCAGCUCUGUCGUCCUAUGAAAAUGGAUCUUCUUCCGCACCAGUCCUCGUGCGGCGAAGCUAUUCUUGUUCGAUCGGUAUGGAGCUUCCCAGUAAGCUCCGCUCGUCUGCUUCUACCUCGUCUCUCUCGCAUGAGACUUCUGCAUUGUCCUCAUCUCGAGACUUACAACAUCAAAAUUAUCGUCGAACUAAAGCUGAGGCAUUGCGGCGGCGCUGGUCAGUUUUCACGAAACAGUGUCAGAAUUUGCGCCUCGACACGAGCUACGAAUACCGCUAUCGAAUCUGUUUUCAGGAGUCGUUGACGGUCCAAAAUAUUCGCACGCAAGUGUCAACGACCUUGGGACUUUUCCAUCCAACUCGAAGUCUUGGUGAUAGGAUCGACCUCGAUAUUGUUGAUGAAGAAGAGGUGGAGGGGGUUGAAAAGAACCAGCACGUCGAGGAUCACGUUCACGAGGGUCAGUCAGCGAGUCCUUCCUACGAAGCAAGAGACUACGAUGGUCAACUGCAUGCAAACCCAGGACCGUACUACUAUCCUCAGUUUCUUUUCGACCCGAAGAAUUUUGACGUUGAAGAUCAUGAAGUAGAAGCUUCAGGAACAAAGCUGCCGAGGAUCUCGUCAGAAAUUCGCUGUUUUUGUGGACUUGACGCACCGACAUUUCAUUAAGGGUAGGUUAUUUAAAGGCGUUCACGUUGCCGUUUAUUUUGCCGCUCUUAAGGGGGAGAGGCAUUAUAAACGGGGAAGCGAACACGAAAAGCCAACCUCUAAUCUCACUACUUGGACUACAUUCGACUUCCGCAGGCGGCAAGAAAACACAAAAAGAAAAAAGGUGGCGAACAAGUAGAGUUUGGGAUGUUGAAGAACCAACAAGUUGUAGAAGAUGAAGAUGCCAACAUGAUCAACUACAGGAACGCAUCCUCUUCGACACCAUCAACUCAUUCUUAUGACAUCAAAUCGGACCACGAGGAUGUUGAAGAAAGUGAGCUUCUAGAUGUGGCUGAUGUCGUUUCCCCGGUUGAAUCCUCUUCAAAACUUGCGCAGUUUCAUCGCCUUGUCGUGAAAAUGACGCAUCCAGCUUGCUGCAAGCAUCUUCGUGCUGGAGAGCUUCUCUCCGCCAUCGACACGCCUGUAAAAGGCUGCCGCGAC